AUGGCAACAUCAAUGAAUAAAAAUAUGCAAGAGACAAAAUCUACUGUCGGUUUAUUAUUAGUAAUCGGAGAAAUUAUUUCCAAUGAACAACGUGAUGAAAUAUGUAUUCAUCUUAAACCAGCAUUUACAAAAAUUAAUAAUAAUAAAUAUCAUGAAAUAAUUGAUGUUUUUAAUAAUUUAAUUCAUGAAAAUGAAUUUCAAACAGAUUCACAAUAUCGACAAAUAACUGAUACAGAAAAUGGUUCAGUUGCAGGAUUUGUUUAUUUACCAAGUUAUCAUACAUUAUUAAAUGUAUUCAACGAUGUAUUUAAUACAUGUUACCAUGUUUGUAUUAUUUAUUGUGGUCAACAAAUUGAUUCUAAUGGUGCUUUGAUUUUAUCUGAUUCAAUAUUUACGUGCGAUAAUUUUUAUAGUUUAUUCGAAGAAAAUUCUUCUUACGUUGUUCAAGACCUUCAAAUAAUAUUACCAUUUAUUUCAAAUCAAUGGAUAAAAUUAGCAAAUAAUUAUUUAGAAAAAAAAUUAAAAAAAAUUAAAAUUAAUACUUUAUCUGAUGAAAUUGAUCAAGAAAAUUCAUUUGGACAAAUAUUUUAUGAAAGACUUAUUCAAAUUUUAACUAAAGAUUCAGUUAAUUUUGAUAUUUAUACAAAAUUAAUACCAAGAGAUAAUUCAGGAACAAUUGCUUUUGAUGAACCAAAUCUUUAUAUAUUAUAUGGACAACAAGGUGAAGCAUCUUUAUUUGGUGUUCGAGGAUUUGUUGUAUUAGUUAAUGGUGGAUUUAGUCGAAUUCCUUCUUUUUGGAAUUUAAUUCGAGGUUUACAAAAUAUUGAUGCAUGUAUUUUAACACAUUUUGAUUAUGAUGUAUUUCCUGGUUUACAAACAAUUCUACAUCGAAAAACAAUAUCAUCACAACAUGAUAAUCCAUUAUGUAAACCAGAUAUUGGUGCUAUUUUUCUUAAUCAUACUCAACGAACAAAAAUACAAUCAGUUGAACAUUCAUCAAAAUCAUCAUCAAAUAGCAAAUUAUUAAUUAAUUUAAAUGAAAAUAUUAAUGAAUUUUUAAAUGAUAUUAAACAAUUAAAUAUCAAUACAAUUGAUUUGGUUAAAAAUUCAAUGUCUCAUAAAACAAAUAUUGAACCAAUUAAUCUUUAUAAAAAAAUUGCAUUUGGUUCACUUGAUCUUUAUAUAUUACAUCCAACUACAUCAAUAUCUGAUGAUGAAAAAAUGCUUACAACUUUACAAAAAAUUCCAAUUCGUGAUCAACAACCAUCAUCUUCAAUAAUUCCAUUUCAUCAUUGGUAUUCAUCAUGUUUAUUACUUGUUUGGACACCAAGUUCCAUAUCAAGCAAGGAUAGUUUAGUACGAAUUUUAUAUACAGGUGCUUGUCCACAAACACUUGUCUUUGAAGCAUUGAAUAAAGUUCGACAUCUUGAAUUUUUGCAUGAACCACAACAACAACAACAGCAAAAAACUCACAUAAGCAACAUUAACACAACAAUGUCGACAAAUACGAAUAUAGGUGUUAAACAAUCAACAGACAAACCUAAGAUUUCUUCUUCAGUAACAGAUCGAGUGACAUCAUCAACAGUUCAAAGUAAAACACCAAAAGUUUUACCACGCUCUAUUCCUUCUAAGCCGAAAGUUUCACAAAGUAAAAUAAUAAAAUCUGAAAAACCCCAAUCAACACCAGUUACAAGAAAGACACCUCCUCUGACAACUAAUAGUGCUGCUCGAUCAAAUAAUAAAGACAAAAAGACACAAAAAUCUCGUGAAACUACCUCUAAAAGCUCUACUAAACCUGAUCAAACGAAAAAUCAUGUACAAAAGGUAAAACCUCAAGAUAAUCAACAGCAAAAAUUAGAUGUUCAAAAUAAAGACGAACAAAAAUCAGAUGUUCAAAAUGAAGAUCAAGAAAAAUUAGAUGUUCAAAAUGAAGAUCAAGAGAAACCAGACGUUCAAAAUAAAGAUCAAGGGAAAUCAGACGUUCAAAAUGAAGAUCAAGAGAAAUCAGACGUUCAAAAUAAAGAUCAAGAAAAACCAGAUGUUCAAAAUGAAGAUCAAGAGAAAUCAGACGUUCAAAAUAAAGAUCAAGAAAAAUUAGAUGUUCAAAAUGAACAUGAACAAAAAUUAGAAACACAAAAUGAUGAAACUGAACGAUCGAAUGAAAUACAAGGCGAUCUUUCUUUUCAAAAUGACAAUGAAGAACAAAUACAAGAAAAGAAUGAACAUGAAGUAUCCUCUGUUGAAUUGAAUGAAAAGAAUGAAACAUCAAUCGAUAAUCAUGAAGAUGAAAUCCAACAACCAGAAUCAGUUUCAUUAACAACUGAUCAUAAUGAACGAUUUGUUGAAAAUCAUACUGACUUACCAACAGAUGAAAUCCAACCUAAGCUAGAUCCAAAUGAUUCAAUGACAACAAGUGUUAUUGGUGAAACUUCUAACACAAAAAAUUCAUUUAUUAUUGAAAAAAUUAAUGAUAAUAAUAAUAAUAAUAAUAAUAGCGAUGAUGAAAUGGAAAUCAUUCAUCAUGAUAUAUCAUCAACAAAUCAACAUUCAAUACCAUCUAAUGAUGAAAUUAAUCCACAAGGUUUACCAAUCGAAAACGAUGUUCAUUCAAUAAAACCAACAAUUAAAAAACUAAGCAAUACAUCGAAUCGAACAAAUGAACCAUCGAAAUCAACAAAUAAUACUAAUCAAACAUCAUCAUCACAAAAAUCCAAACAAACAUCAUUAUCAAAUCCAAUAUUCAAUGUUGAUGUUGCCUAUAUACCAUUUCAUGGUAAUGAACAUUAUGUUGAUAAAGAAUUUUUUCGUCGUGUACGUGCUCGUUAUUAUAUUUUAAAUGCUGUACAAAUAAAUCAUCUUACACUUGAAUCAUUAAUUGAUGGAAAACAACAAUGGGAAAAUAAAGAACAUGCACCAGUUACUCUUGUACCAACAUUUGAUGGUGAACAAUUACGACAAUUUUUUGUUAUGAAUAGAAAUCGUUUAGCAGAACUUAAUAUAAAUAUUCUUCCAGCAUCAAUUCGUUGUAAUGUGCAAUAUGAUAAUGAAGGUUCACCAUCACAACUUUUACGUUUCAGUUCAAGAUAUAAUACAGAUGAAUAA